AUGAUUUACAGUGAUAUGGUCAAAUUACUUCUUUUACUUUAUUUCAUUCUACAGGUGGCAUGUGUUGACAUAUGUCAAUAUUGUCGUUGUGAUCGACACUCUUAUACUGUCAGCUGUACAGGAUAUAAUAUUUUGCUAAGAUCGGUGAUUGCACCACAUUGGGCUAACACUCUUUACUUUCACCAUAUGUCCAUGCGACAUUUGCCUCAUUUCGCCCAGAAUAAAAAUAUUAAAAUUCUUCGAAUCAAUUUCUGUAAUUUGGCACAUAUCCAUUCUCUAUCAUUGACUUCGUUACCAAAUCUGGAAACCCUACAUCUUGCCGAUAAUUUAUUAACAGAUCUACCAUCGGAAUGCUUCUUCGAACUUACCAAAUUACGAAUUGUAAAUUUGGCACGAAAUCUAAUCCGUGAUUUAAAUUCAAUCAAUGAAAUGCUUCCAAGAAGUCAUAUUUUGGAGCAAUUUAGCAUAGAUGGUAAUCCGGUACAAAUCAGUUCAGUUAUAACCCAACUUCCUCUCUCUCGACAAUUGCAUCUUGCUGAUAUAAAUAUGGAAAUGAUCAACGAUUCUACCAUACUUUUUUUACCCAGCACCGAAUGUGAUACAACGAAGAAAUACUGUCGCAGUAUGCGCAUUUCCAAACAACAAUGGCUCAUUCUUCGUACGUUAGAUUUAUCAUCUCAGGAAGAGCUUACAAUUCAUCCAUCACUCCUUCCAAUUAUCAGCAAUAUUACCACACUAAAUCUCGGCAAAACCAAACUUCCCGAUUCAUUUCCUGAUUGGCUUCAGAUUUACAGUCAUGUUCGACACUUAAGUAUACCAUUUACCAUUCUUCCAAACACAAAUCAUUCAUGGCAAUGGUGUGGUCAGUAUCUUGAAUGGCUUGAUAUAUCACACAUUAAUUUGCACAUUCUUAUCAUCCCGAGACAUUGUAAGAUUCGUUAUUUGAAAGCAAAUGAUAAUCGUUUAGAUAAGGUUUACAUUGGCGCUACUUCAUUGGAAGCUUUAUUCCUGGAACGAAAUGAUCUAUCUUCUUGGAUUAUUCCACCACCCGGUGUCACCUUUAAUCAUAUGUUGACACUUUCCAUAUCUUCCAAUAAGAUACGUUAUUUGCCGGAAAAUGCUCUAGCAUAUUAUCCACAACUUCAGCAUCUCGAUAUUUCUCAAAAUGUUUUAACAAAUCUAUCUACUCAAUCAUUUCCAACAAUUGGGAUGCAAAUUCGCUUCAUUAAUAUGUCUCAUAAUAAACUUUCUCAAUUCGUGCAUCCAAUAUUACCAUCAUUACUACUUCUCGACCUCUCCAAUAAUGCCCUUGAGGGUUUAGAUUCUUAUUUGUUAGCAGGACUUCCUCUUCUUCAACAUCUUUACCUGAGGUCAAAUGUUGGUCUAUUUUCGAAGUGCAGUGGAAUAUCUGAAUGCUGGAUAACGUCUCUUAAUCAGCUUGGAAAUCUGAUCGACUUGGAUAUUUCAGAUUGUAAUUUAGAAUGGCAACCUGAUUUUUCUAAUUUUCAAGCAAUACGUAAACUUGACCUGUCUAGGAAUCGAUUAUCAUCUUUGGACGGGGCCUUACUACCUCCUUGUCUUUAUUACCUGGAUGUAAGUCAGAAUCUUAUUCAUUAUUUAUUCAAUGAUACCUAUAUCAAGAGAGGUGAACUUCGUGAAAUGGAUAUAUCACGUAAUCCACUUAUUUGUCAUUGUACAUUGUUGCAAGCUAGCCAAUGGAUCCCAAAUGAUACAUAUUCCACUUCAACCAACGAUUUGUAUUAUUGCUUUUCCGGAAGUUGGCAAUAUCCUCUGCGAAACUAUUUAAAUAGUGCAACAGAAUGCCUUCCGGAUAGCUCAGUUUG